GACAUAAAUUAAAUUCUCCCAUAGAUUUUACAUUGCUUCACAAGGUCUAGUACCCUGGUGUGGAGUCGAUAUCAUGGUUUAGUUGUCUUUUUCCCUGUCCCGUGGCAUGACCACCCUUGUAGGUAUGUAUGGACGGUAAGCCGGCACACAGACACACAACCAUGAAUGAUAAAUAGCCUUGCCAGUCGGAGAUUCUGAACGGAAGAAGUAAGCAUUUCGAAAGCAAAGUUAACAAUCAAAUCCCGAAUACUAAGUAGAAUGGGCUCGCCUCAUCCUUCACCUACUCUUCCGCCUCUACUCCCACUUCAGCCCCCAACAUCGUACUACCCAAAUCGCCGCAAGGUGACCCUAUGCAUGCAAGAAGAAAAGAAAAAUCACACUAGCCUCAUUCACGGGAGGCGUACAAAAGCCGAACGAGUCCAAGCGCCAGUAAGCCCGGCGUCGGCCGCUGUGAGCAUCGCACUAAACUAGCAGGGGGGUGGGUGGGUGAGGGGCGGUGGUUGAAGUCAGGUCAGGUCAGGUUUAUGAAAG